GAUUUCAAAAGUAGUUUCGAUCAAAGGCCAAGGAUUGAACAUCACGAUCACAACAGGAUCAAACAAUCUCACAUUUUACUUUCAGCAUAACUCACAUGAGUCGAGGAGGAUUCCGAGGAGGCGGAGGAGGGGGAUUCAGCCGUGGGGGAGGACGGGGAGGUGGACGAGGCGGAUUCCAACAACGAGACAUGGGUCCUCCAGACACCGUCCUCGAAUUAGGGACCUUUGUCCACGCCGUUGAAGAUGAAAUGUUAUGUUCUUCGACCAUGGCCGACAAAGUGCCAUAUUUCAAUGCUCCAAUCUACCUGCAAAACAAAUCUGUAAUCGGCAAAGUCGACGAAAUCUUGGGACCCAUCAACGAAGUUUACUUCUCCGUGAAGAUGGGUGACGGGAUGGUUGCAAGCAGUUUCAAAAAGGGCGAUAAAGUGUACAUCGGGGGAGAUAAGUUGUUGCCAAUAGAACGGUUCCUCCCUAAACCGAAAGUCGUUGGAGAAUAUAGAAAAGCGCGGACGCGGUGCACCCGGCGGUGCUCGAGGAGGGCGUGGCGUUGGCAGCCGGGGAGGAUUCCAGUCAAGAGGUGGGCCAAGAGGUGGUGGUCGCGGCGGUGGUCGCGGCGGAUUUGGUGACAGAGGACGGGGUGCUGGACGGGGCGCUGGGGGCUUCAGUGGAGGUUUCGCCUCCCGCGGUGCGCCAAGAGGUCGAGGCGGCUUUUCUCGAGGUUAUUAACUCCAAAAUACACCUCAGUUUGUACAUCAGCUCUGUAGGAUUGCGCGCGGUCACGUUUACUAAGAUAACGGUGAAACCUCACGAAUGUUAUUGUAACGCACACCUGUGUCCAGUCACUCCUCUGAGUGCAUCUAACAUCGCGGAUUCGUAUGCAGUUUUGGAAACCGGGUACCGUCGCUCCGGGCAGCAAUCUCGAUCGAGAAACGGACGCUGAAGACUACGCUGUACCUUCUUCGGCCAAUUCUUCCUUGUCCAUUCAAAGCCAGCGAGAACGAUUACCCAUCUUCAAACAUAGAGAAAAGUUGUUGUAUGCUAUCGAAACGCACGGAGUUGUCGUCGUCGUGGGGCAAACAGGAUGCGGAAAAACCACUCAGCUGCCUCAGUAUCUCAUGGAAUCUGGAUGGGGUGGCGAUGGUAAAAUUAUCGCGUGCACCCAGCCUCGUAGGGUCGCCGCAACUUCUGUUGCAACAAGAGUAGCGACAGAAGUUGGCUCGAUAUUAGGAGAUGAAGUGGGCUACACGAUCCGGUUCGAGGAUGUCAGUGACAAGGAACGCACCAGAAUAUUGUACAUGACAGAUGGAAUGCUGUUUCGUGAGACGCUGGUGGAUCCGUUGUUGAGUCGAUAUAGUGUCAUCAUGAUUGACGAAGCUCAUGAACGGAGUGUGUAUACCGAUCUUUUAUUCGGCGUAUUGAAAAAGUAUGAGGGAGUCGCGCUUCCUGAAGAAUCCGGUCUCGAAUAUUUCUAUAGGAUACGUCGAAAACGACCAUCUUUGAGAUUGAUCGUCUCGUCUGCUACUUUGGAUGCCACUUCCUUCCUGGAAUAUUUUACAUCAGGAACCCUUGCGGACGAGGCCACCAUCGUUAGUUUGGAAGGACGGAUGUAUCCAGUUCGAGUGGCAUACUUGCAAGAACCUGUUCCGGACUACGUCAGGAAGGCAAGUCAGGUUGCCUGGGAUAUCAAUCUUCAUCAGGGACCAGGCGACAUUUUGAUGUUUUUGACGGGGAGAGAGGACAUAGAGAGAUGUCUCGCAGAGUUCUCGGAUCUGUUGCCCUCGCUACCCCGAGGUGCUAUGCGUUUGAUCCCAUUGGCCCUGCACGCAGGACUGUCAACAGAGGAGCAACUGCGCGUGUUUGACCCCGCAGGACGUGGUUCCCGCAAAGUGAUUGUGUCCACGAAUAUUGCAGAGGCCAGCGUCACCAUCGAAGGGAUCAGAUUUGUGAUCGACUCCGGUUUUGUCAAGAUCCGAAUGUUCAAUCCAACCACCGCUCUUGCAUCGCUAGUCACCGUUCCAACCUCGGUUGCAUCAGCCACUCAGCGAGCUGGCCGGGCUGGUCGAACGUCGGCGGGCAUCUGCUACCGGCUGUAUCCGUCGUCCGCUUUCGAUGCACUUCCGUUGUCGACGCCACCGGAAAUCACACGGACAGAUAUGACGACUCCCAUCUUACAACUCAAGUCUUUGGGUAUCGACGAUCUGACGAAGUUCGAAUGGGUGUCCGCACCACCUUCAGAAAGCGUACUAAGAGCGUUGGAAGGCCUUGUCGCUGCUGGAAUGAUCGGAGAAGACGGCCGGUUGACAGUCGUGGGGGAACAGGUCGCGGAAUGUCCAGUGGAACUUUUCAACUCCAAAGAUCUCAAGUGCGGGGAAGAAAUCUUGACUAUUGCAGCCAUGACUGCAGUUCAGGAUGUAUUUGUGAUUCCAGACGGAGCAGUCGGUGCAUUGGCAGAGCUGGAGCGAAGGAAAUUUACAGCAGAAGAAGGGGUCAGCUAG